GUGGACUUUAUAUGGAACACCAAAAAAAUAAUUUUAGUGCUCGGUUCUUCUCUCUUUCUCUAUCUCUUUCAUCAAUGUUAUCUUUCUCUCUCUAAAAAACCAUUUUCUUCCUUUUGCCAAGAAAAUCCAUCCAAGCAGAAGGAGUAGAUCGGACCGGACAUAAACUAGUGAUGAUAAAAAAAGAUGUGGUGUUAUGCUGAACUAUUUGGGAAGCGAAGAGGCAGUUAGUAACAGUGGAAGAAUCAAAUGUUCUUAUCCACUGAGAACCCACCCAAUGACCCACUAUCAUCUUCUCCUUCUACUUCCAGUUUAUUACAUCUCACCACUUCUUCUUCUUCAGACGAGUUAGGUCAAACCCAUCUCCAAAACUUCUCCAUCAGAGAUUACGCAUAUAGUAACCGGAAGAACAAGAUCAAGAACAACUGGCCAUUUUCUCCCAAAAGUCUCAAACUUUGUUCAGCUCACGGCUUAACUGAUCCCUUGCCACCGUUUGAGACCACGGCUAGUUCAUCAUCAGGGAAGCAGAUCGUAUCUCAUGUCCAUAGAGGAAGUGAUUUUGCCAAACUUGGUGUAAAAGGAGGCUGUAGCCAAUCAAGGAUCAUCAUCAAGAAUGGUUUUGAUAGGAGCGCAAGUGUUUCAAAGUCUAAAGUAGAGACGAUAGUAGUAGCUGGUACGAGUAAUAAUAAUAACAAGAACAAUAAAAAGUGUGGACGAGGUGGAUUAAUGGUGAAGUCCAAAGAAGAUACUUGUGGUGGUGGUGGUGGUGGCCUUGUGAUGACGACGACAACAUGUCCUAUUUGCAAAACCUUCUCCUCAGCUUCCAACACCACUUUGAAUGCUCACAUCGAUCAGUGUCUGUCUGCUGAUUCAGAACUGCCACCUGUUAUAACUACUAAGCCAAACAAGCCUAGAGUUGAACAGUGUCUGUCUGUUGCGCCACCGGUUAGUAGUACUAAGCCAAACAAGCCUAGAGCUAAGGCACUGAUGAAAGUAAAAACGAUGGAUGAUAUUUACGCUACUGCCAAAGGAUGCACAUUAGAAGAUCUUGACAAGAGAAAUGGAACAAAGUGGGCGUCAGUUUUGAGUCAUACGAAUCAAGUUGUUGCUGAUAAGUCUGAAGUGUCCACCAAGAAGCGGAAAGCUUCGCCUGUGGGCGUUGGUCCUGUUUAUAUUGAUGACAAGGGACAGAAACUGCGGAUUUUAACUGAGUUCAGGGAGAAGAAGACUUCUUCUACUACUACUCAGCUGAGAGAGCAGUAUAACGAGGAUGGUAGUAAAGAAAGCAGUAGAAGCUCAAGGAAGGCACGUGGAGGAAAGAAACAGUACAAGUAUCUUAAACUAACAAAUCUCAAAGCCAGCAGCACUUCAGAGCAGAUAAAUGAGUGUCAAAGAGUGUUUUCUGGAGAAGGUAGCAGCACGAGUCAUCAUCGUAGAAUCUAUAAUCGGCGGAUGUUAUCAAAACAAAAGAAGCUCAAUGAGAAAGAACAUAAACUUUAUACUUUGUGGGAUCAGCCAUCUGAGGAGGAUGAUGAUGAUGAUGAUGAUUCAUGGUCAGGAGGAGAGCGUCUUGUGUUGAGAGGUACUGAUUCAUCUCCUUUGGAUAAACAGAAGCUGCGGAGGGAAGUCUCUGGAAGGAAUAAGACUAUGUUUGGAAGUAAAGGAGCUCAAAGUCAUUCAUCUAGAGUUCAGAUGAGUGAAAAGGAGGAGAAAUCACUCGCUGGAGCUCGUUUAGAAAACACUGUCCAGUUUAAGAAGAGGCUUGCUUCGAUUGAAGAAGACAAGUUUCCACCUAGAAAGAAUGUCAGAGAGCUUUCUCCUCGUGCAACUAGCAUGAGAAAGUCGUCCCCACCAUUUGUGACAAAUGGCUGGAGAAGGCUAUCUCUGCCUAUGGUGGAGCUAAAGAAAGCUCGGUUGGAUUCAUCAGAGGAAGAAGAAGAAGAAAGUGGGAAAUGGGAAUCUGAAAUGACACAAGAACGUGAACUAUCAUCAGAUGAUGAUAGUCCUUCAUUUAGUAGAUACGAUGACGAUGAUGAUGACGACGAAGAAAGUAGUGAUGAGGAGGAGGAAGAUGAUAACAACAACAACAACAAUGCAAGAGCCAAUGUGUUGGACAAAAGCAAUGAUGAAGAAGCUACACCGUCUAAUGAAACCAUACCUACUAGCGAGAGAGCAAUGUAUUAUUACUCUGAACAAGUUGAGGAAAUGGCUUACGAGGAGGAGGAUGUGAGGUUUGACUCUGAGGUAAGAGGUAAAGGAAGCUUGUUCGUAGAGGUUGAUACCAUUCCCAUUCCAGGACCUCCUGGCUCGUUUCUACCUAGUCCCAGGGACAUGUGCAUCGAUGAGAAUCUUGGAAACUCGUCUGUUAUCACAAGCCAGUUCCAGUCUUUCGACAGAAACUCCUCCGAAUCACCUGUCUCAAACUUUGCAUCCGAUAGAUUGAGUUUUAGUGCUCCAUCUCAUCACGAGACAAGUACUAUUGAUGACAAGACAGAACCACCUCCAAGACUUGAGAACAACGAUCACGAGUCUUGUACUUGUUGUUGUUACCAGAGAAAAGAGAGAAUCUCAGAAGGCAUUGCUUUGAAUCAUCAAGCAUCUCAUCUACUGCAGAGAAGAGCUGAAGCUUAUUCGUCAACAGCAAUGAACUUAACCAAAUCUUCUCCCACACGUUUGGAUACAAACCAUUCGUUUGAGCAGUCACCAUACAUGAUCCAGCAAGAGUUAGAUCUUCAGAGUAAAUUCUCAAACAGAGCUGUUGUUGUGCCUCCGAGUCCUAACCCGGUUUUGCGGUUAAUGGGAAAAGACUUGAUGGUCAUGAACCAAGUAGAAGAACCACACAAGGAAGAAGCAUCUCGGGAAAGCUUAAAACCAACAACAAAGUUUCUUGAUCCUCUUCCUUGGGGUGGAACGGGCUUAUACUUCAACACGGAUCUGUAUUUAAGAAACGGUUUCGAGUCAACAACACAUCAACUACCGACACCAAAAGCACAGCAACCACAAGAUUCACCGUUCAGAAACAGUUUUGAUCAUGUGAGGAGGUACUAGUCAAUGUAAGAGUUUUGGACCUUCAUCAUGCAGUUAAUGAAGAAAGCGAGAAGUGGGUUUUUCAAGGAAGAUUUUGGUUUGUUCUACGGCAUUUUGUGUCUGUGUCUGCAGAGACUUUGUGUAGUUUUGGGACCUUACGGUUUGCACUUAAAAAAGCAGACACUACUUGAAAAUAACAAACACUAUGUAGAAGAUAAAAAGUAACUUUACGCUUUCAUAGCUUAAAAGCUCUCUACAAAUGAACUUAUAAUAAAGUUUAUAUUUAAGGUU